AUGAACUCAUUCGUAACACUUAUUGUUGAUGAAAAAACUUCACAUCUCAGAGAACUUGUCGUAAAUCAAAAAACAAAAAAGCAGCGUCCUAAAAAAAAUAUUUCUACUUUAAGAAGUAGAAAUAAUCACUUGCCGAAAUCUACCAAUUAUAAAUUUUGUGUUAACAAUCUUGAUAAUCAAAGAAAUGAGUAUACCAUUUCUACUACACGUGAAUAUAACACUCCUAGGUAUGAAAAUAGCACUCCAAGUUCUGUAAAAUCAACACAAUCCUAUGAAAUGUAUUACUCUAAUAGGAUAUCGGAUACAAUAAAAGUUAAAAUGUGCCAAAUUUUAAGUAAACACAAAGAUGGUAUACUGUGUAUCGACUUUAUAAACGCUUUUUAUAAUGAAUAUAACAUUCAUAUUGAUUUUUUUAAAUAUGGAUUCAGAAGUAUCAGAGAUAUGGCAUACAAAUUACCAUCUAUAUUUUAUGUGAAAGUAACUGAUGAUGAUGAGAAUAAUUGUGUUCUAUUCGAAGCUGAUAGACGAAGUGAACUAGAAGAUAUCUUAGAAGAUCCAUCACUGUAUUAUAAAAAUAUUCCGAAGACUAUAUUGUAUAAUCUUUCUCAUUUCUUUAAUAAGCAUCGGAAUGGUGUGAAAUUCAAUGAAUUGAUGUCUUUAUACUGUGCAGAAUAUGGCCGAGCUUAUGAACCAUUAAAGUAUGGCUAUUCUUCUGAAAAACACAUGUUUGAAUCUUUAGACAAAAUGGUUGAAAUAGAAAAUAAUCAGCUGUUUACAAUAGAUCCUUUUGCCUAUGCAGAAUGUUUGAAAAAUAAAAAUGUAGAUGUA